AUGUAUGGCGUUCUCGAAAGACUAGGACUGCGGAGAUCAAAACUUCAACUUUUUUUUGGCAGAAAAAAAAGCGCUAAGCGGCGGCUGACUCAGCAGGUAGCUGACCUCACGGGAGCUCCAGGCGUCAAGCUCACCGCGCGGCCGGAGGUUCUUUUGGGUAUCGCCGGCAAGGACUUCGUCAUUCUUGCUGCAUCCAAGGCCGCAAUGAGAGGCCCGACAGUUCUCAAGGCUGAAGAUGAUAAGACACGACAGUUGAACAAGCACACAUUGAUGGCCUUCUCUGGCGAGUCUGGAGAUACCGUCCAAUUUGCCGAAUACAUCCAAGCCAAUGCCGCCCUCUACAGCAUGCGCAAUGACACCGAACUCAGUCCCUCUGCCGUUGCCAAUUUUGUCCGGGGAGAAUUGGCGCGCAGCUUGCGGUCACGGAGUCCCUACACAGUAAACCUGCUGCUAGGUGGUAUAGAUCCGGUCAAUGAGAAGCCUCAUCUGUAUUGGGUUGAUUAUCUAGCGUCGCUGGCGCCCCUACCAUAUGCUGCCCAUGGCUAUGCCCAAUACUACUGCCUCUCCAUCCUUGACAAACACCACCAUCCAGACUGCUCCUUUGAGGAGGGCCUUGCGCUUCUCACCCUGUGCACAGACGAGCUGAAGCGCAGACUACCCAUUGACUACAAAGGGAUGCUGGUGAAGGUCGUUACAAAGGACGGUGUGCGAGAAGUCCCUGUGGAUAACGAUAAGGUGGUCCGCAGUGCUUGA